CUUUCCGACCGUGACGUCACGCCGCCCCUACGUCUCCAAACAUCCGGUUAUGGUUUCAACGUUUCGGCGAACUGAAAAAUAUUGAGACAUUUCUAUGGAGACUGAAGCAGCUCAGACAGACAAGGGGCCCAAAGCGGCUGCUCCGGCCCAAACCAAAAAGCCCAUGGAAAACGACGUUCCCAAGAAACGUCAGGCCGAGAAAUCGGAGAAGCCUCAUACAGAUGGUGACAAGAAAUCCAAACCCAGGCCCCGGUACACCGACAAGGCACGCAAGAAUAAGAAAGAUAAAGCCAAAGUGACAGAUGCUCCAAACAGAGAGGUCAAACAGGAAGAGGAUGGAGAUAAAGAAAACCUGAACAUGCACACAGAAAAAGAGGAGGAUACACAAAAUGUAUCCAGAACUAUGAACACACCAGAGGACACGGGGAGUGCACUAGAACAUGAUGGGGUGCCAAAAGAGGAAGAGGAGGGGGAGGAAGGGGAGAACUGGGAUUCUUUGUUUAAUGAUGACGGUGACUGUCUUGAUCCACAAUUGAUGGAGGAGUUGUCUCUGACGGAGGGCCGCAAGAAGCCGUCUUCACAGGAGGCGCGCUCCGACCACUAUGACUGGACGCCGGAGGAGGAAGAGGAGGUGGAGCUUCGGGACGAUGAGCUGUCACACAUUGUCGAGAUUUACGAUUUCCCGCCUGAGUUCAAGACGGAGGACUUGAUCAGAUCCUUCAGCUUGUUCCAGCAGAAGGGGUUUGACAUCAAGUGGAUUGAUGACAUGCAUGUCCUCGGUUUGUUCUCCAGUCCCUUCGCAGCUCGUGAUGCUCUGAGGAUGAAGAACCCCAUGAUGAAGAUCAGGCCUCUAUCCAAAUCAUCAAACGCAACUAAAGCCAAAGCGCGCAGCUGCUCCGAUUAUCUGCUGCCAGCUAAAGAGCGUCCUCAGACGAGUGCGGCUCUGGCUCGCCGCCUGGUGAUCGGGGCUCUGGGUGUGAAGAGUAACCAGACCAAAGAAGAGCGAGAGGCCGAGAGGAACAAACUACGGAAGGCAAAAGAACAAAAGUGUUUGGCUGCUAAGCAGCGUGAAGAUGCCUGGGAGGGCAAAUGAAGACCCAGGUUUGUGUUUAUGUGAACUAUGAAGCAUUUUGAUUUGAUCGUCAGUUCAGGUCUGAAGGGGUUUAUCUGUGGGUUUGGGGUCUGAAGGGAUCGGAUCUCACAUACACCUCCAGCAAGACUACUGCUAAACCAGCACAGACUGAACCAAAGCCACAAGAACAAAUGGAAACGGGUUCAUCGAAUCAAAGUGUGAGGGUCACACAAACUCCAACAGGGACAAUUUGUAAUUUUAUAUCUCUCCUCUUGAGAUUCGUUUUGAAUUGUGAGCUUUGCCCUGUAAAUGUUGAUGGUUGUUUUUAGUUUUAGAAAGGCCAUUUUAAUGCAUUUUUGUUAAAGAAUGGUGUUUUCUUCUCUUUUUGGUGACUAAAACAAAUUAAUCAUGUCAGUGUGAUUUCACUUUUGGUUUUCAUUUUUUACUUCAGUAAAGAGAAAAAACUACACUAAGA